AUGAAUCUAAUGAUCGCGGUGACAGCUCGCCCUGCGCCUCUCGCUUCGAGACCCGCCGGCUCGUCAGGAGAUCAGUACAGGACGGCAAACCUGAUGCAGCCCCCGCUGGCUAUGGCCAAUAGUACGUCCUGCGUGCAGAAGUUGUCGACUCGUGCUCGAGUUUCGCAACUGACGACCGGUGUGACUGCGCGCCCUUGCAUUCCAGCGUUUCGCAAAUAUGUGGGUGGCAGCGUCUCAGCGUCGGGGAGCAAUCUGUCGAGAUUUUGGCCUAAACUGACGACAGUGCCGUUGCUCAUGCACAGAUGUCCCCACGCCGAAAGUCGACGCCCAGCCUUCGGCGGAGUGGAGCUCAGCGAUCCGCAAAGCUCGCGCCUUUGUCAACCAACUGGAUCUCGAAGAGCUCGUCAACCUUACGACCGGCCAGGGCGCUCACGGGCGCUGUAUUGGCCAGACAGGCGACGUCACUCGACUCAACUUCACUGGGUGAGUGCUUUGAAACGGCUGCAUUGCUCAAAAGAGAAAACUCGGAGCACGUGGCUGACGAAGGCCGGCACGAUUGGCGCACGCAGAAUUUGCUUUCAAGAUUCGCCGCUCGGCGUUCGAUCCACCGAUGGCGUGUCAGCUUUCCCUGCCGCGUGAGUUUAAGACAGCAGCUCAUUAGUGUGUUCAAAUGUGAUCGUGCGACUGACGGGGUCGCACCCCAUCUUGUUGUAGCAUCAACGUUGCCGCGACUUGGGGUGAGCCGUGCUGCGAUUCUUAACCCACCGUGAUAGUGCCUGAACCUGACGUCCAGCCAUUUGGGCUUCGCAGAUAAAGAUUUGAUGUACAUGCGAGGAGCGGCUAUGGGCAGUGAAUUCCGAGGAAAAGUGAGUGUCCGUCCACUUUUCUAGACCCCUCUCCGAGUGCGGAUGGUGCUGACACUUGGAAUUUUGCGAUCGCAGGGGGUCAACGUCGCACUCUCCCCUAUGAUGAACCUUGCACGUACCCCCGAGGCCGGUCGCAAUUGGGAAGGCUUCGGUGGUGAUCCUUACCUGGCCGGCUUCGGUGCCGCGAUGACGAUCAAAGGCAUCCAGAGCACCGGUGUAAUCGCGUGCGCCAAGCAUUAUAUCGCCAACGAGCAAGAGCACUACCGAGGCGGAUCAGGGGCUAUUACAUCUUCUAGUAAUAUCGAUGAUCGAGUCAUGCACGAAGUAUACGUGAGCCUGCUUCACUGCAAGUAUCUCGAGCGCUCCGAAUAGUCAAAGCUGACCGGUGUCCUUCUCUGAUUCAUCGAGGUGCCCUCAGAACCACCCUUUCUCCGAGUCGAUCCGGGCCGGUGUAGGAGCGAUCAUGUGCUCUUAUAACCGCAUCAAUCAGACCCACGCUUGCGAAAACUCGUACCUGAUGAACAAGCUCGCCAAGCAAGACCUGGCGUUCCAUGGCUUCGUCGUCUCGGAUUGGGCGGCCCAGACGAGCGGUGUCAGCAGUGCGCUUGCGGGUCUGGAUAUGUCGAUGCCAGGUCAGUAGAAAUCUUUCUUGGGUAACAAAAGUUUCGUAUACCUACUGAAGACCUAUUUCUUCUUCAGGCUUCCGAUCCUACACCGAGGGGCUGGACAAUCAGCAAAAUCCCGCCAAAUCGAACACUAGUUACUGGGGUGCCGAGCUCGUCAAAGCCGUCAACAACGGAUCCGUGCCCCUCGCUCGAGUCAAGGACGCCGUCACUCGAAGUAUGUUCAUAAGUUCUGCAUUUCCUGAGUCAGGUGAGGAUCCUCGGCGAGCUGUACUUACGCCGUCGCCGGCCUUGAUUCCUUGCGCAGCCAUGGCCGCUUACUACCAGUUGGGACAGGACUCGAAGGACUACCCAGACAUCAAUUUUUCCGCAUUGUGAGCCCAAAUUACUAGACGGAUAGUCCUCCUUCCCCUGAGUGUUUUGUCCAGUUCACAGCACCUUGGACACCUACGAUAGUAAUCGUCGUCUCGUCAACUCGCAUGUCAACGUCUCGUCGGACCACAACAAGCUCGUCCGAGAGAUCGGUGCUGCCUCGAACAUCUUGCUCAAGAAUGUCGCCAACGCUCUGCCGCUCAAGGCCGGCCAGCUAAAAAGCGUGGGAAUCUUUGGUGCUGAGUGAGUGCUAGCUGUGCGCGAUGCUCAUCUCGAGGGCUCGCCAACUGACGGACCUCUUCGCGCUUCGCCUCAGUGCUGGACCUGCCAAGAACGGCCCUAACGAAUUCCCGGAUCGCAGCGGACUUGAUGGCACGCUAGCUAUGGGUUGGGGCAGUGGUGAGUGCCUUGUUUAGAUUCAACGAAGCUUUGGUGACGGAAUCCUUGACGAAGACUUUCCCCUUCCCACGGCCGGCCGGCAGGAACCGUGAAUUUCCCUUAUCUCGUCGAUCCCCUGUCGGCCAUUCGCUACAAGCUUGGUCAGACAAACCCCAAAACCUCCAUCUCCUCUGUGCUCGACAACAACGCUACCAGCGCAAUCCAGCGUCUCGCACGCUUGGUGGAGAAGUGUCUCGUCUUUGUCGCUUCGGACUCCGGAGAAGGUUACCUCACUGUCAAUAACAAUCAAGGCGAUCGCAACGACCUCGAGUUGUGGCAGAACGGCAACCAGCUCAUCUCCAAGGUCGCCAGCCUGUGUUCGGACGUCAUUGUUGUCAUCCACUCGGUUGGCGCAAUCGAUAUGGAGUCAUGGAUCGACAACAAGAACAUCACCGCGGUCGUGUUGGCAGGCCUGCCGGGACAGGAGUCGGGCAACUCCCUCGUCGACGUCCUGUUUGGCGACGUCAACCCUUCGGGAAGGCUUCCGUACACCAUUGGCAAGAAGAGGAGUGACUAUGCGGCUGACGUGCUUUGUAUGUCCAAUGUGCUAGCGCGCGGUCUUUAGUUGCCCAAGCAUGUCGCUGAUGAUGACGUCGACUGCUUACCUUCAGACAAAUCGAGCAUGGCAGUCCCGCAAAUCACCUACAGUGAGGGUCUCUUCAUCGACUAUCGCUGGUUCGACGCCAAGUCCAUCGCGCCUCGCUUCGAGUUCGGCUUUGGGUUGUCAUACACCACGUUCCGCUAUUCGGCACUGAGCGUGACGGCGCUGUCCCAGGGGGGAAGUACCACCAAGUCGAACCUCUACCACGACUUCUACUGCAUCACAUACCAAGUCACCAACCGCGGUCCAGUCGAUGGCGCCGAGGUCUCACAGGUCUACCUCGCAUUCCCUCCGAGCGCUCAAGAGCCCCCAAAAGUGCUCCGCGACUUUGCUCGAACGUUUCUCAAGAACAGGACGGGCUCGACAGUCACGAUCAAAUUGAACCGUAAGGCUUUCUCGAUCUGGGACGUCGCCUUACAGUCUUGGAAGGUACCCAAGGGUGACUUCACCGUAUUUGUCGGCGCGAGCUCGAGGGACAUCCGGCUGCGAUCCGCCAUCGUGAACCCUUCGGCAUCGUGA